AUGGUUGAAAAAUCAAAGCUGAUUUUUCAUCCAUCCCUUGCUGUCACUAAUAUUCGCCAUCAUGUCCCUAUUCAACUCGAACUUGAGAUCGGUUUGUACUCCGCUUGGGCGCAUUUGUUUACUACGCAUUGCAAAGCAUACCGGGUUUUGGAUCACAUCCUACCUCCCAUACAAUCUUCAUCUUCCAAUGCUGCUGUUCUUGAUCUAGAGGAGUGGGAAUGCGUUGAUGCCCAUGUUUUUCAAUGGAUAUAUGGUACGAUAUGUCGGGAUUUGAUGCAUACUAUUAUCGAUACCUUUGGUAACGCUACUGCACGUCGGGCUUGGGAAGCUAUUCGUGACAUUUUUCUGGAUAAUCGGAGCACCUGUUGUAACAGGAGCGACGAUCACGAUACAUAA